AUGUUAUUACCAUAUGACCCUUAUACGGAUCUUCUAUUUAGAGGAAUCAAGCCACUUUCUACUAUACAUGUCUUCCACUUGCUACCUCGCUUUGUGAUACUUUUCAAAGCCAAGUUUACCGAGGGCGUGUUCCGCAACUUUGCCUUGACUUUGGACUUUGGCAAGAACUUGACCCAGGUGUACUACUCCCAAGGAAACGCCCCUCUCGUCGCUCAAGGUCAGCCCAUUGAGAACGAUAUCUCAGGACAAGGACAAUUCCACUUUGGCGUUUUGAAGAAGUCGAUCAACGGCACCGGCGAUCUGACUAAGUCCGGUUUCCACGAGUCCGGAAUCAACGAGGGCAUCGUUUUCGGUUCGAUCUUUGAGGAGGACAGUGUCGAUGGAUGUGUGACGUUGUCUCUCUGA